GCACAUGUUAUUUCCGGACAGAAACGGAAGUGCCAUACUUUUGUUCAAGAUGUCUUGCCGAUCGUGAUAAGAUUGACCAAGUAAUCAAGAUUGUGAUAUGACAUAUCGAAAAUGUCGAAUCAAAGCGAGUUAGUGAAAUUAAGUGAAGAAACACUUGCCCGCCAGCCAGAUGAAGUGUUUGAUCUUAUUUGUAAAAUUGGAAGGGGGUCCUAUGGCAGUGUAUUCAAGUCCCUGCACAAGGAGUCGGGCCAGGUCCUCGCUAUCAAGCAGGUCCCGGUGGACACCGACCUCCAGGAGAUCAUCAAGGAGAUCUCCAUCAUGCAGCAGUGCGACAGCCCCUUCAUUGUCAAGUACUACGGUAGCUACUUCAAGAACACAGACUUAUGGAUCGUCAUGGAGUACUGCGGAGCCGGGUCUGUGUCCGACAUAAUGAGGUUGCGGAACAAAACUCUGAACGAGGAGGAGAUCGCCACGAUCCUGGAGUACACUCUAAAGGGCCUGGAGUACCUGCACUCCCGCAGGAAGAUACAUCGAGAUAUCAAGGCUGGCAACAUCCUGCUCAACACAGAGGGACAUGCUAAACUGGCUGACUUCGGGGUGGCUGGACAACUCACAGAUACAAUGGCCAAGAGGAACACAGUGAUUGGGACACCCUAUUGGAUGGCACCGGAGGUCAUACAGGAGAUAGGUUAUGACUGUGUAGCAGAUAUAUGGAGUUUGGGUAUCACUGCCCUGGAGAUGGCUGAGGGGAAGCCCCCAUAUGGAGAUAUUCACCCAAUGAGGGCGAUCUUCAUGAUACCCACCAAACCUCCCCCAUCGUUCAGGAAUCCAGACAAGUGGACCCCCGAGUUUAUUGACUUUGUCUCAAAGUGUCUCGUGAAAAACCCUGAAACCAGAAUCACAGCAUCAGAACUCUUACAGCAUGAUUUCAUCAAGCAGUCCAAGUCUUGUGAGGUUCUGCAGAAGAUGAUUCAGGAAGCCAAGGAGAUACAGGAUGCUCAUUCCAUGGUGACGCUCAAUGGGGAGGAUUCAGGGGAUGAGGAUGAAACAGAUGGGACGAUGGUGAAGAAGACUGAGGAUGUCGAUGGAACCAUGAAGGCACAGAGGGAAACUGACACACUGGUCCCCGGGAGCAACAGCGGCACGGUGGUCGUCAACAGCGAGGCCAACACGUUACAGUCGGAGCUCGGCACCAUGGUCAUCAACGAAGAUACUGAGGAUGACGAUGGAACAAUGAAGAGACAUGAUACAGCAACUGCGGGGAAGGAAAAGUACCGUCCAGCGUAUCUCGACCAUUUUGAAAGGAAGGAGCAAGAGGAGAGACAGCGCUCCACCCCGCAGCCGACGUCUGCCCCACAACCUCACCUACAACCCGCCCAGCCAAAACAGAUUACCCCACCACACCACUUCCAGAGAUCAUUCAUGGAUGGAGACUUUGAGUUUCUACGGAACCUGGCAUAUGAAGAGCUGGAAGCCCGCCUCGCUGACCUUGACCCUGAGAUGGAGAGAGAAAUUGACGAGCUCCGUGCUCGCUACCAGGCUAAACGACAGCCUAUAUUAGAAGCUAUUGAUGCCAAGAAGAAGAGGCAACAAGUCAUCUAACUCACUGUCAUAUCGAAUAAGUAUCUCUGGGAAAUGUGUGACUGGCAAUGUACAUAGCAAUGGGAACUUUUUGAUCUGAUAAACUGAACUCUUUAUCAUAUCUUUGUUUACAGUGGUUUCUCUAUUUACCUUCGUAGUUGUAGCCCUAACUUUAUCUUUGGAAUCGGAUGUAUUGGUGAAUUGGCAUUUUACUUGUCACAAGUGUACGCGAAAUAGUAACUAUCAUGUUUGUAGAUUGCACUGACUUCACACAUGACGAGCAGUGCUGCCUCUGAAGCCUUCCUUAUUCAGAAACACCAAUACACCAGUGUCAGUUUCUACACAGAUUGAGAUAAGUGUCACCAGACCAUGGUACUUCUUCAAAUCAUGACAGGAAAUUAUUUUUCCCCUUUCCAAGUAGUCCCUUUUACCUCUAUAUUCUCAUCAUGUAGAUUGCGUCUGAUCUUCAUGAUUUCAGCAUUUGGAUACAAACAAGACAAUAUAGCAAUGUCUAUAAGUCCAACCCAGAGUGACCUCCCAGUACUUAUAGUGUCCAGUACUGGGGUCUCAUCCUAUUCACAGCACAUCGGUAUGGACCCAGUGAGUAAGAUCACACUGUAGGAAUUAUUAAAGAGCUCCGAAUCUCAAGGACACUCUUAGUCAUUUUUUUUUAUAUUAUUACUGACUCAUAUUAAUGUUUCGUAUUCAGAAAAAUCUUGUAAUUUCAUACAAUUUGUGAUCGACACAGGUUAAUUUUUUUACUUGCUUUAAGGAUUUUUUUCUAGUAGGCCCCCCAAAAAUUAAAAAUUAAAAAAGCAAAAAUUCAGAUUAGUUUUUAAUUUUUCUCAUUCACAACAAGUAGGUUGGUAUUAAAAAAAAGAGCUUCUUACACGAAAAAUCUUGUUUAUUCGUUUGUUUAUUAAACAUUGAUGCAAAUUUAAUAAAAGUGGGUCUUUGUUAUAUAAAUUUUUUUUUUUUGUCCAUUUCGACCAAAUUUAGUUUGUGGCACCGUUAAGCAAGUGAAAAAAAGUGUUGCCUAACAUUUAUCUGGGGGUGACAUGAUAAAGCAAAAGCAAUGUCAUGAUACAAUACAGAAUGCGAUAUGCAUAUUCACAUCCAGUCGCGUGGGAAACUAAAUAUUUCCAAGCAGGUUUAUGAAUUGUCAUGCAUCUAACAGUUUGAAGUUAGUGAGUAAAUAAGAAAAUAUGCAAUGUUUUGAUGUAGAUUAAAGAAAAGAAGCAAAAUAAAUUAUUUUAGCAGGUGUAUCGUCAUGUAUUGAAUAAGAAAAAGUGUAUCACGUAUUGUUUCGUGGCAUGGAAACUCUGCACUGAUGUAUCGUUUCACCCCUACUUAUAUCAUUCUAUCUUGCUUCAUUAAUAUCUACAAGAUCUAUGUACAUAUUUACAUGCCACUUACGCUCUGUAAGUGUAUGUUAACUGAUUGGAUCAGAAAGUUCCCGCUUGAUCUGAAGUGUAUGUGUGGUAUCCUACACAGAGAUAAAUCAUGGUCCUUAUUUUCAGAACAAAAUUGUAUGUAUUUAUUAUGAAAGGACAGCUGUCUGUCAGACAGGCUGUACCAGGUGUGUCAUUGUUAUUGACCCUUGUACCCUCUCCGUAUCGUGUAUCAAUUGAUGUAUCACCCACUCCUGUAACUUGUUGGGCUGGAGCGAUACACCCCAGUCACAAUCUUAUUUCAAUUAUGGUACAUAGUUCAUGAUAUGAAUCAUGCCAUGAUAGCAGUUAUGGUACUUUGUUCCUCAAUCGAGUCGUGGUACAUGUUGUAUCUCUAUUUACUUCAUGAUUUGAUACAAGUGAUACAUUUUGUGCCAUGGUACCUUUUUGGAUGAUAUUCUACUCAAAAGAAGGUAAGGAACACCCAAUUUUCUUUAACCUUUUUUUCAGUAGUAUAUAAUGCAAGUCACAAUGAAAAAACUCAUACUUUUUAGAAAUUGUGAUAUCAGUACAUGCUCAGAUUUAAUAAAUGUUAUAUAUAAUAAAUAUUGUUGUUUGAGGGUAAAAUGUUGAUCAAUACCAGAGAACAUCGGACGUGUAGAUAUUUAAAAACUUCUUUGAAGCAUGCACAUCAAUUCAGAAUGAACAUGGUGAAGUAUGGUGUCGUUGAUAUCACAGGGCCUUAUUUCAGCUGCAGUAGCCUGGUGGUGUCACUCACUGGCAGCGUCUGACUGCUCUAGUCGGACUCGCCUCUCGGACACACCCAUUGAUGAUACCAUUGGCAAUGUGCAAUCUGCAGUCAUAGGUUGAACCAUGUUUGAUGGAUAAGAAUGAUAUUUUGAGCCUUUUAACACAUCUUGGCAGGUUCCCAAGAACCAAAAGAAUGAAAUGGUCAUUUCAGUUAACAGUGUUGUUAUAUUUCCAAACAAGUGUAAAUAUGUAAGGUGCUACACAAAGACUUCUCUACUUGAUAAUCAUGUGAUCCCAAAGAACAGCAUGACUGGACUUGAAGUGAAGUCUGUAUAACCACAUCUAACUAUCCUUUUUAAUCAUUUCAUUUUGUCAGAAUGUACCAUUUACACUACAAAAUGGUUAUUACAGCUGGUUUUGUCAUAUGCAUUGUCUUGAAGUUGUCAGAAGCUGGCUUCGGCAUGGCUUAUGUUAUCUACAGUCUGGCUCCACAGUGAGGUGCCUGUGUCCACGGUCUGGCUCCACAGUGAGGUGCCUGUGUCCACGGUCUGGCUCCACAGUGAGGUGCCUGUGUCCACGGUCUGGCUCCAGAGUGAGGUGCCUGUGUCCACGGUCUGGCUCCACAGUGAGGUGCCUGUGUCCACGGUCUGGCUCCAGAGUGAGGUGCCUGUGUCCACGGUCUGGCUCCACAGUGAGGUGCCUGUGUCCACGGUCUGGCUCCACAGUGAGGUGCCUGUGUCCACGGUCUGGCUCCACAGUGAGGUGCCUGUGUCCACGGUCUGGCUCCACAGUGAGGUGCCUGUGUCCACGGUCUGGCUCCACAGUGAGGUGCCUGUGUCCACGGUCUGGCUCCACAGUGAGGUGCCUGUGUCCAUGGUCUGGCUCCACAGUGAGGUGCCUGUGUCCACGGUCUGGCUCCACAGUGAGGUGCCUGUGUCCACGGUCUGGCUCCACAGUGAGGUGCCUGUGUCCAUGGUCUGGCUCCACAGUGAGGUGCCUGUGUCCACGGUCUGGCUCCACAGUGAGGUGCCUGUGUCCACGGUCUGGCUCCACAGUGAGGUGCCUGUGUCCACGGUCUGGCUCCACAGUGAGGUGCCUGUGUCCACGGUCUGGCUCCACAGUGAGGUGCCUGUGUCCACGGUCUGGCUCCACAGUCUGGCGGCACGUCACAGAGACAUGUAUAAUUUACACUACAGCUUAGUCUGUUACAACAUAUGUUAAACAGUUAGAGGUAACAUUCACUGUGGAGUGUCAUGGAGUCUGCUGUAAUUCUGUGUUUUGUGAGUUUUAAGCAAUGUUCAAGUUUGUUAGAUUUAUGCCGUUGUUCAUUUAUCCAGUGUUUCUGCACAGUUUUCACACGUAACACUCCAUCGUAUAGCUAGGAGUCAUUUCUCAUUUACAGCUACAAAUCGGUACAGCAUUAGCAAUGUUUGAAGUUUGCCUUUUGACGUGGGACAUCUUGUGAGACAUUUGAUCAGAUGUGUUGAUGGUGAGAUUAUUUAGACUUGAGGUGUAACAAUGCAGCAAUCCUGGGAUACAAUCAUUUUGUUACCUUGAACAAAGGAUAUAUUUGUGAUGGUCCUGAGGAACUGGAGUUCUUAUAUGGGUUUCACUGUAUAGUGUGUCAUAAUGACAUUGUGGUACGUAGUGUAUCAAAGAGACAUUGUGGUACAUAGUGUAUCAUUUGGGUACAAAGAGUAUCAUUGUGACAUUGUGGUACCUGUGUAUCAUUCUAUGUAUGGUGUAUCACAGUGGCAUCUUGAUACAGGAAAUUGUGACAUUGUGGUACCUGCGUAUCAUUCUAUGUUUGGUGUAUCACAGUGGCAUCUUGAUACAGGAAAUUGUGAACAUUGCUGGAAUAUAUAGGACAAACUUACCUCAUUUCAGGGUUUGUUUCUCCACUUAUUCCAUGCAUUUUUAUGAUUUUCUACAGACUGCAUUGACUGAGUAAGAUAAGAAAACCCAAGGAACAGUUUCUCGUGAAGAAUUGAUAAAGUAAUUGCUAGUCAAUUUUGUUCUGAGGUAGUUCAGUUUAUACAGAGCUGUAGUCCUUGACACUAAAAAUAGAAUCCUAAAAUAUCAUGAUGAUUAAUGAAAGAAUAUACUUGCCUGUGUGCUAAUACUUAUAAAGUUAAAACAAACCAUUCCGUCGAAAACAUCAUCAUUGCGUUUUGGACACGUGGUUACAAUCCGGGUAACUCUGGCAGUCAGGUUUACUUUAUUUAGGCUAUAUUUAGCAGCAUGUUCAGCAUAAGCGCAUUACCAGCAGAAACUGAAAUAAAAAAUGUGCAGAUAUGGUAUUUAAAGCACGAUGGACCAAGUUCACUGCUAAAUAUAACUGCUCACAGUCACCUAACUGCCGAUUCUUGCCUGGACUGUAGCCACGUGGUCAAAGCGCAUUGAUGAUGUUUAUCGCAUGCAAAAUGGAUAUUUCUUGAAAACUUUGCACUUGGCAAUUUUUGUCACUACUGUAAGUAAUAUUCCUUAUCUUUGGAAGGGCUUGUUUCGCUUUAUGAGUAUUGGCACACAUGCAGCGAUCUUCUUCAAUUCAUUUCGUGAUUCUAUUUCAGGCUCAAGGACUAUAGUUCACCCUCCUCCAAGUUAGCUCAGUUUAUUUAGAGCUAGAUUUAUUUCUUUAUGACUUCCAGCCCAUAUGAUUCAGGUACCAUUCAUACAUGAUUGCACUGCAGCCUUGUGUGUAUUGUAUCCUGUAUUGUUCCACCCCUGGUCCAGACUGUUAGGAAAGGGCAACAGCUCUUGAUCCACCCCUGGCCUUAAACUUCAAAAGCAAUCAGUAAGACAGUGCUGUUGAUCUACCCCAGGUCUAGACUGUUGGGAAGCAGUCAGGUGACAGUGCUGCUCAUCCAUCCCUGGUCUAGACUGACAGGAAGUAGUCAGGUGACAGUGGUGAAGAUCCACCCCAGGUCUAGACUGACAGGAAGUAGUCAGGUGACAGUGGUGAAGGCCCACCCCAGGUCUAGACUGACAGGAAGUAGUCAGGUGACAGUGGUGAAGGCCCACCCCAGGUCUAGACUGACAGGAAGUAGUCAGGUGACAGUGGUGAAGGCCCACCCCAGGUCUAGACUGACAGGAAGUAGUCAGGUGACAGUGGUGAAGGCCCACCCCAGGUCUAGACUGACAGGAAGUAGUCAGGUGACACUGGUGAAGAUCCACCCCAGGUCUAGACUGACAGGAAGUAGUCAGGUGACAGUGGUGAAGGCCCACCCCAGGUCUAGACUGACAGGAAGUAGUCAGGUGACAGUGGUGAAGGCCCACCCCAGGUCUAGACUGACAGGAAGUAGUCAGGUGACAGUGGUGAAGGCCCACCCCAGGUCUAGACUGACAGGAAGUAGUCAGGUGACAGUGGUGAAGGCCCACCCCAGGUCUAGACUGACAGGAAGUAGUCAGGUGACAGUGGUGAAGGCCCACCCCAGGUCUAGACUGACAGGAAGUAGUCAGGUGACAGUGGUGAAGGCCCACCCCAGGUCUAGACUGACAGGAAGUAGUCAGGUGACACUGGUGAAGAUCCACCCCAGGUCUAGACUGUUGGGAAGUAGUCAGGUGACAGUACUGCUCAUCCAUCCCUGGUCUAGACUGAGAGGAAGUAGUCAGGUGACAGUGGUGAAGAUCCACCCCAGGUCUAGACUGACAGGAAGUAGUCAGGUGACAGUGGUGAAGAUCCACCCCAGGUCUAGACUGACAGGAAGAAGUCAGGUGACAGUGGUGAAGAUCCACCCCAGGUCUAGACUGACAGGAAGUAGUCAGGUGACAGUGGUGAAGGCCCACCCCAGGUCUAGACUGACUGGAAGUAGUUAGGUGACAGUGGUGAAGAUCCACCCAAGGUCUAGACUGACAGGAAGUAGUCAGGUGACAGUGGUGAAGGCCCACCCCAGGUCUAGACUGUUGGGAAGUAGUCAGGUGACAGUGGUGAAGAUCCACCCCAGGUCUAGACUGAGAGGAAGUAGUCAGGUGACAGUGGUGAAAAUCCACCCCAGGUCUAGACUGACAGGAAGUAGUCAGGUGACACUGGUGAAGAUCCACCCCAGGUCUAGACUGACAGGAAGUAAGCAGGUGACAGUGGUGAAGCGCCACCCCAGGUCUAGACUGACAGGAAGUAGUCAGGUGACAGUGGUGAAGAUCCACCCCAGGUCUAGACUGUUGGGAAGUAGUCAGGUGACACUGGUGAAGGCCCACCCCAGGUCUAGACUGACAGGAAGUAGUCAGGUGACAGUGGUGAAGGCCCACCACAGGUCUAGACUGACAGGAAGUAGUCAGGUGACAGUGGUGAAGAUCCACCCCAGGUCUAGACUGACAGGAAGUAGUCAGGUGACAGUGGUGAAGGCCCACCCCAGGUCUAGACUGACAGGAAGUAGUCAGGUGACAGUGCUGCUCAUCCAUCCCUGGUCUCUACUGACAGGAACCAGUCAGGGCCAUUGAUCCCAAGAAGGAAAGUACAUGGCAUGUUUGACCUCGGCUGUUUGAUGUGUUGUUCUCGAGUUAAUGAUUACCCAGUCACAACUGAGACAUUGUCUCACACAACACAAGACAUGGCCUGGAAAUGGGCUCCAGAUCAUGGAGUUUAGUCCUCACAUAACCCUUCGAUUGAGCAGUGUUUGACAGGAAGGUAGCUACAGUGACCUCUCACCUAUACAACACAUUGUUCAUCACAUUAUACUGUUGUGUGUCAUGCUAACACUUUGUGUUGACUAACACUUGUUGAUGGAACAGUUCCGCUUGUUGAGAGGUACAGGGUCUUAUUGUAUAGAAAUCAGUGUAGAUACAUAUGAAUUGUAACAACAUAUGAGGGAAUGUUGAACUGUAUUAACAUGUAUAUUGAAAUAAAAACUGAAAAUUGA